UCCACUUUUCAUAAAAGUAAACUUAUGUGGUCUAGAAAAAUUUCCUUAUUUAUUUAAUUUAUUUGUUGACAAUUCUGUGUUGAUUUUAUUUUUCUGCUGCAUGAGCAUAAUUUUAAAACUUUAUUAGAUUAUAUUCGAAAGAAAUCAUAUAAAUUAGUAGUGAUGAGAGUUUUUAAUUAGACAUUUCAAAGUGCCUACAUCUAUUUUGUUAUCUAUUAUUUUGAUUAAUUUGAUUAUUCAGCAAUGGAUUUGGCCAAAUCCCUAUUUGAAACCAGAAGUCAUGAAGGAUAUGUAGGCAAAGAAGAUCACAAUAAACGGGAGCUACAAUUAGCAAUUGAACCUGAUGAAGAUACAAGUUCAGACAGCUUUAAUGGGCUUAAUGUGGAAGAUCUUGUUACUCCAACUCCUGGUGGCCCUUUCUCAGCUCUGACUCCCAGUAUGUGGCCACAGGAAAUUAUGGCAAAGCAGUCGAAAGGUGAAGAGGAUCCAAACUCUCAACCUGAAUACAGAUUUGAUGAAUUUGGAUUUCGCGUUGAAGAAGAAGAUGGCCCUGAACAAAACUCCAACAAACUUCUUGGUAUUCCAUUGGUUGAAGACCCCCAACAUAGGUUACAAUGGGUAGCUCAUUUAGAGUUCUCUCAUAACAAAGAAGUUUCAGACCUAACCUGGGAUAAGGUUGACAUCAGAAUACCUAGGACGGACAAGCUAUCUCAAAUGAUUCGCUUGGGAAUUCCACAUUCAUUAAGACCUCAAGUGUGGAUGCGAAUGUCUGGUGCGUUAGUAAAAAAACAACAGUCUGAGCUUGGCUACAAAGAAAUCGUAAAAAUGUCGAGUAGCGACUCACUAAUGACUUCCAAACAAAUAGAAAAAGACCUGCCUCAUAUAAUGCCGACCAAUGCAUGUUAUAGUCAUGCACAUAGUACAGGGAUUCCUAGGCUAAGAAGGAUAUUAAGAGGAGUUGCUUGGUUGUAUCCAGAUAUUGGGUACUGCCAAGGGUUGGGCGUAAUUGCUGCUUCUUUGCUUUUGUUUAUGGAAGAAGAAAAUGCUUUUUGGAUAAUGGUGACUAUUGUUGAAGAUCUGCUGCCUGCAUCUUAUUACAGCUCAACACUAUUAGGUAUCCAAGCCGAUCAAAAAGUUUUAAGGAAUCUCAUCGCCAACUAUUUACCUGAUACAGAUGAGGUCCUUAAGAAUCAUGAUAUUGAACUGUCAUUAAUCACAAUGCAGUGGUUUCUAACUUUAUAUGCUAAUGUUGUUCAUAUGAAAAUCUUGCUUAGGAUAUGGGAUUUAUUUUUCUUUGAAGGCUCAAUAGUUCUGUUUCAAGCUACAUUAGCUAUGCUAAAAAUAAAAGAACCUAAGUUAAAAACAUUGGAAAAUUCUGCUCAGAUUUUUAAUGCACUCUCAGAUAUACCUGGGGAUAUUGAUGAUGUUGAUAAACUAUUGGAGGUUUCCAUUGAGCACACGAGUUCUUUAAAAGACGUGAUGAUAGAAACUUAUAGGAGAAGACACUUAGCAUAUUUGAUGGCCGAUCAAGGAGCACUCGUUGGAAAUCCCGAAGCAGCUUCCAAUUUGCCAAAACAACAUUUAGCAAGGCGACAAGUUAAGAAGAAUAAGUCUGUAUUUCAAAUGCUACUUUUCAACGAAACAAACGAAGAGGAAAUUAAGAGCAAAAACAUCAAACAAACUGAAAUUCUUGUAGACCUCAGGGAAGCAAUUUUACAGGUGGUUAGGCAUUUCUUACAGUUAGACCCAAAGCUUAGUUCGGAGAUUUCGUUAGUAGCAGAUUAUUCAAUGGAAAGUCACGCUCAAGAUCAUGCAAAUUAUAUUAACGUCUCAAAAAAUCGCAAAAGAAGAGCAAAAGCUCUUUUGGAUUUCGAAAGGCAUGAUGAUGAUGAAUUGGGCUUUAGAAAAAAUGACAUUAUCACUGUUGUUAGUCAGAAAGAUGAGCACUGUUGGGUUGGAGAGCUUAAUGGAUUAAGAGGUUGGUUCCCUGCUAAAUUUGUACAACUUCUAGAUGAGAGAAGUAAACAGUAUAGCAGUGCUGGAGAUGAUAGCAUAUCUGAAACAAUAACUGAUUUAGUGAGGGGAGUGCUUUGUCCUGUGAUAAAACAAGUCUUUGAACAUGGCAUGAAGCGUCCAACAUUUUUGGGUAGUCCAUGCCAUCCAUGGCUUUUUAUUGAAGAGGCUGCAACUAAGGAAGUUGAAAAAGAUUUUAAUUCUGUAUACAGCCGACUGAUUUUAUGUAAAACUUAUAGGUUAGAUGAAGAUGGAAAAGUACUGACCCCUGAAGAAUGUUUUCAGCUACUGUACCGAUGUGUCCAAGCAGUUAAUCUAUCCCACGACAAUGCACAUGCUCAAAUGGAUGUUAAACUGAGGUCCCUAAUUUGUAUAGGUUUAAAUGAGCAGGUUCUGCAUCUUUGGUUAGAAGUUCUUUGUUCUUCUAGUGAAAUUGUGCAAAAAUGGUACCAACCAUGGUCAUUUAUUUACAGUCCGGGUUGGGUCCAAAUAAAAUGCGAAUUGCGCAUUCUUUCGCAGCUUUCGUUUAACUUAAACCCGGAUUGGGAACUUCCAGUGAAAAGAGAAGCAAACAAUCAGCCAUUGAAAGACGGUGUGAGAGAUAUGCUAGUCAAGCAUCACUUGUUUAGCUGGGAUAUCUAACAUUUACUUAUUUAUACGUAUCCUAACCCGUAUUUCCAAUGUAAAAAGGUCCUGAUGUGACAGUGAUAACUUUGCUCCGAUUUAUUUAAUAAAGGCUAAAGGGAUAAGCGAAGAAAACCAUAAUUGUAUUUAAUUUUAAAGAGAUCAAAUAUACUAAUUCUAUUACAAUCAGCUGUCAUUUUUAGAAACAUAAACAUAAUAGAAAACCUCUUUAUUA